GUUAAAGUUGUCUUUGUUGUCAUUAAUGAAGAAGAAAAGCAGAAUAACCACAACAUAUAACUGCCUGCAGAAACAACAUCCUCCCACACCCCUGGUUUUUGCACCGCCACCCAAUAACCACGUGAAGGAAAGGCGAUUUGUGUCGGAAAUGGCUUUGGGCUCCCUGCCUGGUUUGUGUUGGGCUUACUUUUCUAGUUUCUAGGGCUGGGCCAGCAGUAGGGCCAGGAGGAUCAGUGGUCAAGCCAAAGGUAAAGAAAAUGAAGUCCAUGUUUUCGUUGUCAGUGGUGUGGUUCAUCAAAGAGCUGAUUGGGGCAGCAUCCAUGAGAAGAUAUGUCAGCUCCUGAUUCCCCUGCGCACUUCCAUGCCCUUCUACAACUCAGAGGAAGAACGGCAGCAUGGCCUGCAGCAGCUGCAGCAGCGGCAGCCCAGAAAUAUAUCUUUGAAGGAAAACAUGAAGAUGCUGUCCCAGCAGCUUUGCACUCUCUUCGCUUCCGCAUGAGUGUUCAUGGCCUGAGUUCAGUAGAGCUGGUACCUGCUUACCUGCUGUUGGCCGAGGCCAGCCUUGGUCUGGGCCGGAUCGUCCAGGCUGAGGAGUAUCUAUCCCAAGCGCAGUGGACAGUCCUCAAAUCGGCUGAAUGUUGUCAUGCCACCCACUCCUUACUGCAUCGGAACCUGGGGCUUCUCUACAUGGCUAAGGAAAACUAUGAGGAAGCCCGUUAUCAUCUGGCCAAUGAUAUUUAUUUCGCCAGUUGCGCAUUUGGAACAGAGCACAUCAGGACCUCAGGAGGCUACUUCUACCUGGCUAAUAUCUUCUAUGGCCUUAAAAAUUUGGACCUGGCAGACACAUUGUACACCAAGGUCUCUGAGAUCUGGAAUAAAUAUUUGAACAAUCACUAUCAAGUCCUCUCACAGGCUCGCACCCAACAAGUAGAUCUACUAGGCAGACAAUUUGAGACCGACACUGGCUUGGAUGAAGCCCAGGAAGCAGAAGCCAUUCAGAUCCUGACUUCAAUCUUGAAGAUUCGAGAAUCUACAUCUGACAAAGCCCCCCAAAAAACAAUCUUUGUUCUAAAAAUCCUGUUCAUGCUUUACUACCUGAUGGUGAAUUCUUCAAAGGCAAAGGAAUACGCCAUGAGAGCCCUGGAUCUAGCCAAAGAACAGCAGCUCAGUGUCCAUGAACAAAACACCAUUCAAGACUUACUAAAUCUCACCUCAGCUGAGGAAGCGCAUCCCAUUACUUGGUGACCCAAGAGCUCUGCAUCAUGGACUAUUGAGCAUCUAAUGUAUUCCAGCCUUGCAUAGCUGCUUUGAGGUGCUAUGAAUUGCUGAAGUGCCCACCCUCUUCCCCUGGGAUUGCACUCAUAGCUGUGUUUUUAUCGUUUCACAGCAUAUGUUGGGGAAUAUAGAGCUUUUGGCAUAGAACUCAGUAAAACUCUUGUUUAUCAUGA